UGCCCGAGCAGAAAAUCUCGCGAGAAAUCGUCUUACUCUCAGAAUUUAAGAGGUUACGGCGGAGUUACUCUGAAGGAAAGGGGGGCUUUCUCAGUGGUGAGAAGAUGUAUGAAAAUCCCUACUGGACAAGAAUACGCUGCCAAAAUUAUCAACACCAAAAAGCUUUCUGCUCGGGACCACCAAAGAAGUAUUAUGUGAAUGCAGUGUGUUCCAGGGAUGAAAUAAAACAAGAUCAUCAGAAACUGGAAAGAGAAGCUAGAAUCUGCCGUCUCUUGAAGCACCCCAAUAUUGUGCGACUUCAUGACAGCAUAUCAGAAGAGGGCUUCCAUUACUUGGUGUUUGAUUUAGUUACUGGAGGUGAGCUGUUUGAAGACAUAGUGGCGAGAGAAUAUUACAGUGAAGCCGAUGCCAGUCAUUGUAUACAGCAGAUUCUAGAAAGUGUAAAUCAUUGUCACCUAAAUGGCAUAGUUCACAGGGACCUAAAGCCUGAGAAUUUGCUUUUAGCUAGCAAAUCCAAGGGAGCAGCUGUGAAACUGGCAGACUUUGGCUUAGCCAUAGAAGUUCAAGGAGACCAGCAGGCAUGGUUCGGUUUUGCUGGCACACCUGGGUAUCUUUCUCCAGAAGUUUUACGUAAAGAUCCUUAUGGAAAGCCAGUGGAUAUGUGGGCAUGCGGUGUCAUUCUCUAUAUUCUACUGGUGGGGUAUCCACCCUUCUGGGAUGAAGACCAACACAGGCUCUAUCAGCAAAUCAAGGCUGGAGCUUAUGAUUUCCCAUCACCAGAGUGGGACACAGUAACUCCUGAAGCCAAAGACCUCAUCAACAAAAUGCUUACUAUCAACCCUGCCAAGCGUAUCACAGCCUCAGAGGCACUGAAACACCCAUGGAUCUGUCAACGUUCUACUGUUGCUUCUAUGAUGCACAGACAGGAGACUGUAGACUGCUUGAAGAAAUUUAAUGCUAGAAGAAAACUAAAGGGUGCCAUCUUGACAACUAUGCUGGCUACAAGGAAUUUUUCAGCAGCCAAGAGUUUGCUGAAGAAACCAGAUGGAGUAAAGAAAAGGAAGUCCAGUUCGAGUGUUCAGAUGAUGAUAAACAACAAAGCCAACGUGGUAACCAGCCCCAAAGAAAAUAUCCCCACCCCGGCGCUGGAGCCCCAAACUACUGUAAUCCACAACCCUGAUGGAAACAAGGAGUCAACUGAGAGUUCAAAUACAACAAUUGAGGAUGAAGAUGUGAAAGCACGAAAGCAAGAGAUUAUCAAAGUCACUGAACAACUGAUUGAAGCUAUCAACAAUGGGGACUUUGAAGCAUACACAAAAAUCUGUGACCCGGGUCUUACUGCUUUUGAGCCUGAAGCUUUGGGUAAUUUAGUGGAAGGGAUGGACUUUCAUCGGUUCUACUUUGAAAAUGCUUUGUCCAAAAGCAAUAAGCCAAUCCACACUAUCAUCCUGAACCCGCACGUACAUCUGGUUGGUGACGAUGCUGCCUGCAUAGCAUACAUUAGACUCACACAGUACAUGGAUGGCAGCGGGAUGCCAAAGACGAUGCAGUCAGAAGAGACCCGGGUGUGGCACCGCCGGGAUGGAAAGUGGCAGAAUGUUCAUUUUCAUCGCUCUGGGUCGCCAACAGUACCCAUCAAGCCAUCCUGUAUUCCAAAUGGGAAAGAAAACUCAGGAAGCACCUCUUUGUGGCAAAACAUCUAAGGCCUGAAAACCAUUCCCAUGUGGGUCUUCUAAAUAUCAACAGUGCCACUUCUGCAUUCUCUGUUCUCAAGGCACCUGGAUGGUAACCCUGGGCCGUCCUCUCCUCCUCUUCAUGCAUGUUUCUGAAUGCAUGAAGUUGUGAAGGUCCUACAUGUAAUGCAUACGUGAUACAUCAUCUUGUCACAUAUUCCUUCCUAUACAUUGUUUACACUUCAACUCUGGGGAUGUUCCGUGCAGACUUAAAUUACUGUUGGCAAACAGUAAGGGGAGGUCAGACAAAAAUAUUCCACAAUGUUCCAAGUACAACCUUUUCAUCAAGUUUCUCUGUUCAUGCCAAGAUAUAACAGACUUCAAAAUUAUGGUCUCAAAAUUGUAAGAGAAAUGUAAAAUUUUUAAAACUCUUUGGUGUUAAUCUGUUUUGGCUCUUAAACCAAAAAAGGUAAAAAAGAAAAGAAAAAAACCUUCAGUUCCCUGGUGUGAUCCUGGUUGAAAAUGGUCUUUUCACUGAAAGCUUUGUUAUUGUUUGAUGAAAUGGGUUGAUAUGUGAGAAAAUCAUGUAGGAAUGUGGAGGUGAGAAUCAGUUGAUUUGCUACUAUCUAAUGUCAUUUUUGGUCAAACUGUGUAAACUGGAAAUGUCACAUUAUUUCUGAGUUUGAUCAUUUUGGGUAUACUCACACUGUCUGGGGGAUUCACUGAGAUGAAUUUUUUGUUCCUUCCACAAACCAGUGCUGUUUUCUUCUUCUUAUCCUAUUUCUUUGUUCUUGCUUGCUACCUAUUCUAUUUUCUGUUUUUUUCCAUUCUUUGUCUUCUUCUUAUCUGUUAGUGUGUGAGAAAACUAAGAUUUGCAUAAUGAAAGUAAAAUAAAAAUCAAGGCCUUUUGGAGGUAACUAAACUUUGGAGGUAGCAUUUUUGAAAAUGUCAAGAUUUUAAAGGUUUUUAAUUCUGCUUAAGCUCUAGUUUGGAUAUAGGGAUCCAGACUAUGUUGGAGGCAUUAGAGGUGUUCAAACUUAGGACAGAAGCAAGUCUGUUCCUAGCGCCCCUGCACUGUUUCUUCCUGACUGGGGCAGUUGCCGGGAGAAUACCAUGCUGGUAGAGGGUCGGGGUUUUGUGCACAUGUGUGGAUAUCUGCCUUGUGGAAGGGGCCCCUCCUGCGUCAUCACUGGCUAGUUUUCUAAAGUUAGGCCUGCAAAUGUUUUCCAUUCCUUGUGACUUGUGCUUUCUUAACUUCUCUCUUGUGUCAGGGUAACAUUAUCUUCCAUCGAGGAGUUAGGAUUUUUCCAGUUUAUAAAAAAGGGUGGGGGUGGGUUGUGCUUCUCAUUUCUUCUUUGUUUAUUCAAUUCCAGUGAGGGUUUUUUCUCAUCCCUGAAAUGCUUUAUAGUGCAUGUUAUCUGCAACAACCUUAUUUUAACAAUAGCAAUUCACAAUCCUCAGAAGCCUAUUUUUAAAGCAGAAGCAAAAAACAAAAGAAAACCUCCCUUUUUUCUCUCAUUUUCACCUUUCUGUGUUGAUUACUAAUCACAUUCGAUGUUAUUGCUAGUGGAUGUAUGGUAGUUGGAUUGAAGCUUUUCUGAUAAUUAUUACACAAUUUAAAACAAUAUAUAUUUAAAAUAAAUAUAUACAGUAAUGUAUUGAGCCAUGUAAACCUGCCAAUGAGAUCUGUGAAAAAGUAAUGGCCUCAUUUUUUCCCUUUUUAAUUUCUUAACCUUUUUGUGAAAUGGCUAUACGUGGCAUACAUGUAUUUUAAAAAAAGAAUAGGUAUAGAGUGUUUUUUUUUACACUUUUAACUUAGCAUGUGGUGUUGAAAUAUUACUGUAGAUCAAGUUUGUCUUCCGCACUAAGUUGUGAGGAAAUUGUGAUUUGUUCUCUCCACCACAAUUGAUUACACAUUUACUAUCUUCUAUCAUUUUGAAACACUGCAGAUUACCAUGGGACACUGUAUAUAUUUCUUGCCAUAAUGGUAAAUGACUGAUUGAUAUAUUUAAGAGUUAAUAAAUUUGUGAUUUCUGCUGA